AUGACUCUUUAUCUUUGUCUCCCUCUGGUGAUUGUGCUCCUGCAGCCUGCUCUAUGUCUCUAUAACUGCUCCUCUGAGUACCAGAGGACCCCAGACAACUUGGACCUGUCAGUUGACUGUGGCACCAGUAUAAUCACACUGGAGGUCAACCUGUGCACUGCUCAGUGGGCAGGUUUCAACUCCACAGACCUGGCACUGAAUGGGAACCACAACGACACAGAUUGCCAGGGCUCCAUCGACACCAGUGUGGACCCUCCAGUCAUCCGUUACCAGCUCCCUGUUAACCACAGUCAGGAUAACCCCUGUCGCCACUCCCUGCAGAUUGUGGAUGAGAGGCCCGACCCCAAUGGUCCCUUCAGCAGCUUCCUAUCUAUCCAGUCAGUUAUCAUCACAGGCAACAUUGAAACCCCCAGAUCUGACCAGGGUCUGAUCAGCUACUCCACAGACCUCUACUAUCACUUCUCCUGCCGCUACCCACUGGAGUACCUGAUCAACAACACACAGAUCGUGGCCUCUUCAGUCUCGGUGUCAAACAGCGAUAAUAAUGGAACCUUCAUUGAUACACUGAAAAUGAGUGUUUUUAAUGACUCUGAUUAUGGCUAUCCAUUAGUCAUACCUUCAGGAGGACUUGAGCUGCGAUCAAGGAUCUAUGUGGAGGUGAAGGCUGUUAACCUGACAGGAAAUUUCCAUGUUCUGCUUGAUCACUGCUUUGGGACUCCCACUGCUUACAACAUGUCACACACUGAGAAGCACAACUUCUUCACUGGCUGUGCAGUGGACCAAAGGACAACUCUGACUAGCAAUGGCCUUUCCAAGGUUGCCCGUUAUAACUUUGAAGCCUUCCGCUUUGUUCAACACCGUGACCAAACAAAGUCUAGCAUCUAUCUGCAUUGCAUACUGAGACUCUGUGAGCCCAGCAAGUGUCAGGAGCUGUUGAACGCUUGUAAUACAGGAGGAAGCAGAAGAAAAAGAUCUAUCACUCCUUUUGGAGAGGAGAGCAGUGAAUCUGCCACUGUUUCAGUUGGACCGCUGUACACUGCUAGACAAGACAGGCCGCAUGCAGCUGCUUACAGUAAUAAUGUGACACCAGAGAAAGAUGACAUGAAUGUGACGGGCUUAGUGGUGGGUGUUGUAUUUGGCUCGGCUGCUGCUGUCCUGCUGGUUCUUGGUGGUUGGUUUGCCCUGAAGAAGUUUUAUUGGAUGGGAGGAUUACCUCAGUCCUUCCACUGA